UCACUAGACACAAAGAUGAUGGGGUUUUGGCUGCCGGUUCUGCUUGCCUUGUUAGUCUCUGUGAUCGGGGGGCUCUACCUCUUGGGUGCCUUCCGCAAACGGCGCCCUGGGGAGCCGCCGCUGGAUAAGGGACCCAUCCCUUGGCUGGGUCAUGUCCUGGACUUCCGGAGGGACACUGCCAAGUUUCUCCAGAAGAUGAAAGACAAGCACGGGGACAUUUUCACUGUGCAGCUGGCAGGCUCCUAUAUCACCUUCCUCAUGGACCCGCAGUCUUUUGGCUCAGUAGUCAAAGAGGCUCGGACCAAGCUGGAUUUCAGCAAGUUUGCCCAGAUUCUGGUCCGGAGAGUGUUUGACUACCACCCCAUUCAGGACGAGCGGAAGGACUUUCUUUCAGCCACCAGCAAGCAUCUGACAGGUGAUGGCCUUGAAGUCAUGACCGAGGCCAUGACCAACAACUUACAGAAUGUGAUGCUGCAUGACAUUGGCUCUGGGAGCAACCAGCAAGCCUGGAAGGAGGACGGGCUGUUCCACUACACCUACAACAUCGUCUUCCGAGCAGGCUACCUGUCACUUUUUGGCAACAGCAUGGUCAAAACCUCUGGGAGUCUACAGAAAGCCCAAGAGAUGGAUCGGAUAGAAUCCGAUGAGCUUUUUCACGAAUUCCACAUAUUCGAUAGGUUCUUCCCUGAUCUUACCUAUGGGGUCUUGACCCCCAAGGAAAAGAGGGAGACUGAGAGGCUGAAGAGGGCGUUCUGGAGCAGGCUGUCAAUGCAAAAGGUGAGUGAGAAGGAGAAUGUCAGUGGCUGGAUCUUGGACAACCAGCAGUGCAGAGUUGAGAUGGGGGUGAAGAAGUCCAUGGUGGACCGCUAUAUGUUUGUGCUUCUCUGGGCAUCUCAGGGGAACACAGGUCCCUCUUCCUUCUGGCUGCUCCUGUACCUCAUGAAGCACCCUGAGGCCAUGAAGGCAGUGAGGGAAGAGGUGGCUGAGGUGCUGAAGGAGACAGGGCAGGAAGUAAAACAAGGAGGACCGCUGAUCAACCUCACUCGGGACAUUCUGCUCAAAACGCCUGUCCUGGACAGUGCAGUGGAUGAGGCCCUCCGCCUCACAACCGCCCCUAUUCUCAGUCGUGCAGUGCUGCAGGACAUGUCACUCAAGAUGGCGGAUGGCAAUGAGUACAACAUUCGCCAAGGCGACCGGCUGGCUCUCUUCCCAUACACUGCUGUGCAGAUGGACCCCGAGGUCCACCCCGACCCGCACACCUUCAAGUACGACCGCUUCCUCACACCCGAGGGCACCAAAAAGACAGACUUCUACAAGAAUGGGAAGAAGCUCAAGUACUACAACAUGCCCUGGGGUGCUGGUGUCAAUAUGUGCCCAGGCCGCUUCUUUGCCACAAAUGAGCUGAAACAGUUCAUCUUCCUCAUGCUCACUUACUUUGAUUUUGAGCUGAUGAACCCUGACGAGGAGAUCCCCCCCAUCGACAUCAGACGCUGGGGAGUUGGGUCCAUGCAUCCUUCCCGAGAAAUUCAGUUCAGAUACAAACUGCGCUUUUAG